AUGCAAAUAAAGGACAACAUGUUCCUAUUUCCCCGGAGUCUGGCCUCUGCUUCCUGGAGGGCUCUGGAGGAGGAGCGGGGGGAGGGCAGUGUGGAGCAUGGGUCCAACCCUUUGCUGGUUGUUCCCAUAUUAUAUAGUCCCAAGACGCAGUGGCCUGGAACUGUGCAGAGACCCUACACAGAGGGAAUUCUUACAACCUCCAUUUUUGUUGGUCCAGGCACAAUGCCCACACUAUUUGAGUCAGUCACAAGAGUUGUGGUUGAAGAGCUAGACAACAGUGGAGAGUUGAUUGCUGUCAGAAGCUUCACGGAUGCUGACAAAUUCCACUGCUUCUGUCUGGUGAAGAAGAGGAGACGUUUCUUUGGAUACCAGUAUGACAAGACAAACCUCACCCUGAAAGACAUCCUGGAGAGUGAAGUACCAUUUGAUAUGGUGGUUCCUGAGUUCCAAGGGGACCUUCCUGAUUCUGGGAUCAAACCUGCAUCUCCUGCAUUGCCAGAGCAUUCUUUGCCACUGAGCUGCCUGGGAAACCCUCAUAGCAAGGCUAUGUACUGUCAAGAUGGUAACUUUGAAAUUCUGGACGUCGAAGACUCAAAGGAAAAUUGGACAGUGAAAUUUUCCCCCAAAAUGACAUUUAAAAUAGCAUUCCACAUUUUCCAUGAGAUGAAUAUCAAGUUGAAAAAGUGCGAGAUACCCUUCAAAUUCCUGGAUUCCCUUAGGAACAAGAAGCUGAAGAAGGAACUGCCUUCUUCAUUCCAAUCAAUCCAGGCGAAGAGAGAAGACCUGUAUCUAGUGACAGAAACUGUGAAGAUAGCAAAGACUGAAACUCUGAAAUGUAAAAAGCAACUUAGUUUUCAGAUCCUGUUGGAACUUUCUGAUCUCCAAUACGAAAGCAAGAAUGAAGAGGAAGUGACCAUCACCCCUGAGAAGGUCCUGGCCUAUCGGGUAAAGCAGCUUGUCUUCCCCAGCGCGGAGAGGAUGGAUAUUUGUUUCUUUGACGAAACCAGAUCCUUUCCAGAAGAGAAAGAUGGCGGUUCACCGUGGUUGGGGGAGUCCUUGAGUUUGGAGAGUUUCCAAAGCAUAACAGAGAGGGUUCAGGGUAUGGUGCGAGUCCUCCAGGAUCUGACUCCAGAGGAGCAAAAAGAGGUGCUAAACUGCUUGACUAAGUGCCUCCACAGUGAUGAAGAGCUGCAGGAUCUAGAGCGAAGAGUGUCUGAGGUCCAGUGCUCCGGGGAGCUACAGAUGAACAACGCGGCGAAUUCUCUCAUAAGCAGUCUUUUCAAUGCUGCUGGAGUCUUGAUAGAGGCACGCGCAGAAACCAUUUGGGAUAUCCUGGAUGCCCUGAAGGAGCUGUCUGAGGUCCGGCAGUUUGUUGCUGAGGCCCUAGAUAAGGGGACCUUGCCCCACAUGAAGGACAAGGUGGAGCCCGUCCUGGAGGAGAACUGGGGUGAGGGGCCCCUAGAUGUGAGCUGUGAUCCUGAGGCAAGGACUGCCUGUGCCCUCUAUGUUGUUGUCUCUAUCCUGCUACAGCUGGGUGAGAAGCCCAUCUCUGCAUCUUCCUAAGCAUUCUCCCCACCAGCCUGAGUGCUCCCCUCCCCAGUCCGUCCUCAUCAUCCCUAAUCCCAAUCACCAGAAUGAUGUCUUUAAAACACACUGCUAUUCUUUGAUACAUCCCAUUCACUAUGAUAAUGUCCAAAAAUCAGUUAGAUUGUAGGCAUGAACUUCUGAUUAAAAAUGGCAGACUGAU